GUCUGUCUCAUUUAUUCCACGUGAAACACCACACGAGACAUUAUUUCGUAACAGAAGUGUGAUAUUCAACUUUCGUUCAAAAUGGAAACGUAUAUAAAACUGUGUUUAAGUGUUCUACUUUGCACAGUAUAUGUUCAUGGGCAAGACAUUCGUGGAUUUCGAAGACUUUUCGAUCUCAGACGUCGGGAAAUGGCGAUGCGAAGAGGUAUGGGAUUUCCAUUCGGUAACAUUCGAGGCAUUCCACCACAAGUCGCUGCUAGAUUUGAACUUGAAAGACGACAAAGAGGGGACAUCCCUAACGGCUUCGGACAGCAAACAUCUCAAGGGGACAUGUCUAACGGCUUCAAUCCGCAGACAGCACAAGACUUCCCAAAUAUACCAAACAUUCCUCAGAUUCCUCGAAUUCCAAAUGUGCCUGAUACACCAACCCAGGGCCCCACAGACGGAGGUCAGACAACACAGCAAGGCGCUCCUUCCGGUCCGGGUCAGUUUCCGGGACCCGGUCCGCGGCCCGGACAGCCCUUCCCCUUCCCCCAGGGUCGGCCAGGAUUCUCCUUCCCAGGGUUCCCAGGCAACGCCAUCUUCCCUGCACAGAGCGGCGGCGGCGCGGGAAUCAUUCGCGAGAGGCGACCGGAAAUGAUGGCCGGAGGUGGUAGUUUUGGAGGUCCAAUGAACUUUGGGCCGAAUGGGCAACCUCAAUUCACAUCUCAGGACACAACAGCAUCCAACCAGAAUGAACAAUCAACUCCUCAGAGAUUCCCAAACGGACAAGCAAACUUCCAAAACGGACAACCAAACUUCCCAAACGGACAACCAAACUUCCAAAACGGACAGAGACAAGCAAACUUCCCAAACGGGCAAGCACAACCAAACUUCCCAAACGGGCAAGCACAAACAAACUUUCCAAACGGACAAGCAAACUUUCCCCAGGGGUUCCCAAACGGACAACAACCUCAGUUCCCAAUGGGAUUCCCUCCACAACGGUUCCCCAACGGCAGGCAGCCAUUCUUUCCACCUGGAGUCCCAUCCAGACAGCCACUUCCGUUUCCAGACAGGACCCAGCGCUCCGGCCAAAGUGAGAUGGCAUUUGGCGGUCCUUUCCCCGGCGGUCCGUUCCCCUUCCCACCAGGAGGACCUGGCUUCCAGCAGACCGGCUUCGAGGACUUCCGUGCCCAACAGUCGGCUGACCUUGGUCCAGAGUUUUCUACCACUUCUGAUCAACAGCAACAGAACGACAUCAGUCUUAACUUCCAGCCGCUAGACCAAGGCCCACAGCUUCCAUUUAACACAGACCAAAACCCAGAGUUUAGUGGACCCUCCAUGAACAUGAAUCAACAGACCGGAAAUUCUUUCGACGUUUCUUUCACACCAACAGGCCGGGACUCCGCCGCAAUAACAAGGAACGUCUCAGAAAAGAGCGCUACUUCCGGUGGAGGAGAUUUCCGAUUGGUUGAGGUAGCAGGCGCAGACAACUCCGUUUCCAUGCCAAUGGCGUUCGAUACAAUCCAGGGACCAGGUCUUAGCGCAAUGACCGGACUGGACAUGACAGGUUCCAUGCAACCUGUGUUAGACCUGUCCCUGCAGCCGGAACCACCUACCGACACGGCCGACAUGGCUACCGCCACCAUGGACGUCAUGCUCAACGGUGACAUGUCCAGUAGCGCGACGGCCGUUGACGCACAGGGCGGCGGUCCCCAGAUGGAAGUGGUUGUAACGCCCGUUGAGCCAGUACCUGUCUUCACACCGCCACAGGCCGAUUUCUCGUUCUUCAUGGGCGGAUCUACAGCACCGGAAGUUAUGCCACCUAUUGAUGUUCCCGCCGACAACACCGUGGUGAUGUCAGGAUCCAGCAGUACGUCUGGUAGUAUCGUGACAGCCAAGAAACCAGGAAAUGGUGACAUCGUCAUGAAGACGCUCCACGUUGAAACCGUAAAACCACGCUCACGACCGGAACCAUUUGCACCAAUGUCAUCCUGGGAUGAUACGUUCGACAUUACCGGAACUGGUGGCGCACAGCCGUCCAUGGAUGCUGCUGGUGCAGCAGGAAGUGACGGAACCAUUGCUAUGUCCGGCGGCAAUGCAGCAUCUGCCGCCAACCAGCCAAUCGUAGUUGAGACGAAGCCGACGGACGUCGUAGCCAAUGACGUCACAAACGAUAUAGCGCCACCAAAGACGCCUUAGAGUGUGCAAAGGCGCCUGUCCUGUCGGGGCGUGCCGAGUGAGUGGUGCAACUGUGAUACGAGUGGAGGGAUCUACUUGUCGACUUUUGUUUUGUGUUUUUCUUUGUGACUGUUUUUAAU